UCAAAAGUUAAGAAUUCAGUUGUGGUUCUCACCUGGAACCAUCAGUUACAUCGAUUUGGAAGAUCGAGGAAUACCACAAUGAAGUUCUUGGGCAUCGUCCUUUGCGUUGCCUUUUUGGCCCUUCAAGCUAAGUCAGCCCAAGCUGUUUGUGGCUAUGAGUCUUGCCAUGAAACCAAGUCGAACAUGAUCAACAUACACUUGGUGCCCCACUCCCACGACGAUGUGGGCUGGCUGAAGACCGUUGAUCAGUACUACUAUGGCCACAGGAACAACAUUCAGCACGCUGGAGUGCAGUACAUCAUUGACACCGUCAUCUCUGAGCUGAUCAAGAAUCCCGAUCGUCGGUUCAUCCAGGUGGAGACAUCCUUCUUCUCCAAAUGGUGGGACGAGCAGUCGGAGACCAUGAGGGCAAUCGUGAAGAUGCUGGUGAACGAGGGUCGCCUUCAGUUCAUCAAUGGAGCCUGGAGUAUGAACGAUGAGGCUGCUGUGAACUACCAGAGUGUGAUCGACCAGUUCACAGUCGGAUUGAAGUUCCUCGAUGACACUUUUGGAGUUUGUGGUCGCCCUCGUGUUGGAUGGCAAAUCGAUCCCUUUGGUCACUCCCGUGAGCAAGCCUCUAUCUACGCCCAGAUGGGAUUCGAUGGCGAGUUCUUUUCCCGCAUGGAUCACAACGACAAAGGCAGGCGGAUGAACGAUCUAGCUCUAGAGAUGAUUUGGGAUGCCAGUGAGUCGUUGAGCCAAGUUAAGCUCUUCACUGGACUCCUGUACACCUUCUACUGGGACACUCCCGGCUUUUGCUUCGACGUUCACUGCAGCGACGAUCCAAUUAUUGACAGUGAUAGUUACGACAACAACGUCAAGUCUAGGGUGGAUGACUUCAUCGCCUACGCCGCUCAAGUAGCCGAAAAGUUCCGCACAAACCACAUUAUGAUUCCAAUGGGAGGUGACUUCCAGUACGAAGAUGCCGAGGUUAACUACAAGAACAUGGACAAGCUGAUCAAGUACGUCAACGAACGUCAAUCCAGUGGCUCAAAGUACAACAUCAUCUACUCAACACCCACUUGCUACUUGAAUUCCGUGCACAAGAGUGUGCAGUCCUACCCAAACAAAACUCUGGAUUUCUUCCCAUACGGCAGUGAUACUAACAGCUUUUGGACUGGUUAUUACACCUCCCGUCCCACACAGAAGAGAUUCGAGCGCGAUGGAAACCAUAUUCUUCAGGUGGCCAAGCAGCUGAGCGCCUUCGCGGAGCUCUCGAGUACGCAACAGAAGGAGGAUCUGGAGUACCUUCGCGAGAUCAUGGGUGUGAUGCAGCACCACGACGCCAUCACUGGAACCGAGAAGCAGCAUGUGUCCGAUGACUACGAUCGCAUUCUGUACGACGCUAUCGUCGGAGGAGUCAAAACUGCCGGCGAUGCUCUGCGGAAACUGACCAAUCUUCCCAACGGAGAGUUCGAGAGUUGCCUGCAGUUGAACAUCAGCGAGUGCGCCUUCACCAAGGAUGGUGCCGACAACGUGGUGGUGACCCUGUACAAUGCAUUGGCCCACACCACCAAGCAAUAUGUGCGUGUGCCCGUGAAGAACGAGAACUACCAGGUGACCGAUGAGAAGGGCCGCGUGGUGGCCUCCGAACUUAUUCCAGUGCCCGCGGAGGUCCUGGCUCUGGAGUUCCGUGAUAGCGACACCCAGCACGAAUUGGUGUUCAAGGCCUCCGUUGACAAAAUCGCAAACUACUACAUCAAGAAGGUUGAUAGUAAGGAGAGUUCGAAUGGCGUAAAGGUCAUUUCUCAACCUAAGGCGAAUGCUGAGACCUACGAUGACGGAGAGACGAUUGUGCAGACAUCGCUGAUCAAGUUGGUGCUGGACAACAAAACCGGCCUCUUAAAGAGGGUUGAAAUGAACGGAGUAUCCGAGAACAUUGAGCAGAGCUAUGGUCUUUAUAGGACCUAUGACUCUGGCGCCUAUGUGUUCCGCCAGUACAACCAAGGAGACUUUGUCAUCCAGGAAGAUGGAGUCGAGUUCACUGUUUACGAUGGAGCUUUAGUCAAGGAAGUUCACCAGCGUUUCAGCGAAUACAUUUCGCAGGUCAUCCGUAUCAGCGAGGACAAACCCUACGUGGAGUUCGAGUGGCUUGUAGGCCCUAUUCCAGUUGAAGAGGAGUUUGGCACGGAAGUAGUUACUGUCUUCAGUAGUGAAAUCGCCUCCAAUGGCGUAUUCUAUACUGAUUCCAAUGGUCGCGAGUUGAUCAGACGCGAAAAGGACAAGCGAGAGGACUUCACCCCCGAGCUUGCUGUCCAGCCUACUUCCGGAAACUACUAUCCAAUCACAUCCCGCAUUGCUCUGCAGGACAGCAAGAAGCGCCUUGCGAUCCUAAACGAUCGUGCUCAAGGAGGCACUAGCAUGAAGGAUGGUCAAAUUGAACUUAUGUUGCACCGCCGACUCGUCCGUGAUGACGGCUACGGAGUGGGAGAAGCCUUGAACGAGGAGAAGUACGGCCAGCCCAUGAUUGCCCGUGGUAAGGUGUUCCUAAUCCUGAACGCCGCCGAUGAGUCCACGUCCGCCGAGCGCGAGGCCGAAAAGGAGUUCCAUCUGCCCCUUUGGAAGUUCUUCAGCAAGAACACUGGAAGCACCACCGCUGCUGCCAAGUCUGUACCCAGCUUUGACGACUUCCCCAAUUCGGUGCAUCUGCUCACCCUGGAGCCCUUCAACGACGAUGAGGUUCUGCUGCGUGUGGAGAACUUUAAGGAUCAUAUCGAAGGCAAAGUGGUUAGCUUCAACAUUCGGCCGAUCUUUGACUACUUGAACGGAGUCGAAAUCCGCGAAACCACCUUGGAUGGCAACAUGCCAUUGAGUGACAUGAAGCAGUUCAAGUUCCACGCUGAGGGUUCAGGAAUUAGGGGAUCAGAACCUGAGUACUACACCUCGUCCCACAAGCCGCUUUCCGCGAACCAGACGGAAGAUGCCGCCGAGUUCGCUGUCACCUUGUAUCCAAUGCAGAUUCGAACAUUCAUCAUUAAACAUGAAUAAUUGUAUUUCAAUGAAAAUCAAAGAAAUAAAUAAACUGAUGUCUGUAUAAAAA